GGAUGGAGAGUUUGGUGAAGCCUCAUUCCUGUGACUGGAGCGGCAUCAUCCCAGACCGGAGAACUGCAGCGAUACCUGAGAGAAGAGCUGAGGAGGAUCAUGGUCUUCAGGACGCUGUAUCCAGUGGUGUUGAAGAUCAGCGGGUUCAAACCCCUCCAGCUCCAGCUCUUCUCCAGGAAUGCUUUAAGCAGAGGAUCCUGGUCUUCAGCGGGUUCAAACCCCUCCAGCUCCAGUCCACCACAGUCCAGUCCGUCCAGCACCGGCUCACAGCGACAGAGCGGACGCGACAGCGGAGGACGGCAUUUUGAGGCGGUAUGAGAUGGGCAGAAUGCUUGGUGAGGGAUCGUUCGGCUCUGUUUAUGAAGCCAAACGCUUGGAGGACGGCCUUCAGGUGGCGGUGAAAAUUGCCAGUAAGCCGAAGGACACGAAAUACAUCCACAUUCCUGGUCAUCCCGCACCCGUCCCAUUAGAGGUCGGCCUGUUAACCCUUGCUAACAGCGGCCCCAAAGUCUCCGAGAUCAUCGAGCUGCUGGACUGGCAGGACCAGCCGGACCGAUACAUCAUGGUCUUGGAGCGUCCCGCACCCUGUACAGAUCUGUGGGAGUACUGGAACGAUCACGAAGGAAUCCUACAUGAGGACACAGCGCGGGUUAUUAUGGCGCAGGCAACAGUGGCGGCUCACGUGUGCUGUCGCCGUGGAGUGUUUCACCGGGAUAUUAAGCUGGAGAACCUGCUGAUCAACACCGAAACUCUGGAGGUCAAACUGAUCGACUUCGGGUGCGGGGAUCUCCUGCGGGACUCUGGCUAUGAAACAUUCUGUGGCACUCGCGACUACCGCCCGCCUGAGUACCUCACAGAGGGCAAGUACCACGGCAAACCAGCGACGGUGUGGUCUCUGGGAGUGCUCUUAUUCCUGCUGGUGUGUGGACGCCUUCCAGAAGCACGAGACAGGCGAAGGAUAGAAGAAGACGUCUGGUCUAAGCCGCGCUUGUCCAACGAAUGCUGCCUCCUGAUCCGAUCCCUCCUGAAGGAAAGCCCAAGACAACGCAUUUAUUUGAGGAAAAUCCUUCAGCAUCAAUGGUUUACGAAUAAGCCAUGAAGAGGAGUGUGAGGAAGGAUUGGACUCUUAGUUCGUGUGAAAGCUGCUCUCCACAGAUCCUGCACUGGAUCCAGAGUUUCAGUCUUCGGCUGCUUUACAGAUUUUUUUAACCUUUUGUACUUUGACUGAAUCGUCGGCUCGUCUGUUUGCUAUUCUCCUCGCUGCCGGCUGUGAGUUUGGUUGCGUCGUGGCUGUCUAAGCCUCGUAUUAGCUUCGCAUUUCCUUCUGUUUUUCCGUAUUUCUUUAUUUUAUUCUAUUCUGAUCCAUCAUUUAACUCAAAAUUACAACUCGGACUGUUGGUCAGACGCGUCUCAUGCCAUUAUACGGUUGGAACUGCAAAUACGGCUGGAGCGUUUGGUUGUUGGUUGUAGAGCGAGACACUGCUUCACUGCUGCUCGCCCUGCGAUCGACUAAACUAAAGACGCAUUUAUUUAGCCAGGCAUUCAUAUAAUUUUUUUUUUAUCUUCCAGUUACUGUAAAUUUGGCCUCUAGUUGAUAAACGGC